UUUAUUCAAUUCAGAUCGGCAUUAUUUAUAAUUAAUUCCAAUUCUAGUUGUAUAUUAAUCACUAUAAGUGAAUUAGCGCCUUCGUUUUUCGCUGUUGAAGGUUCAGAGAUAUCCUGUUAUUCGUUAUUUUUACUGCAGAAAUUUUCACAGCAGGUAUGUACAUGAGACAGCAAUAUGAAUGAUUCAAGAAAAUUCGAAGUUGCUUUACAAUUCAGACAAUUAGCCGAACUAAAUUAUCAAAACGAAAACAUAUCGGAUGCCUGUUUCUAUUAUAUCAAUGCGUUGAAAGUUCGACCGGAAUGGAAAUCAGACUUGAAAGAUAGACUUCUAAUCGUACUAAGUUGUCUCGGUCAACUCCUUGAAAAAAAGAAACAAUUUUCGGAGAUAUUCACUAUCUACGAAGAAGUCCUGAAUAUAUUUAACGAAAGCGAAGAAGUGCAUCACAAUUUAGGAGCUCAUUUACUCAGAUUGGGAUUUCCGGAUAAAGCUACCUAUUAUUUUCGUGAAGCGCUCAAAAGAAAUCCAUACUAUUUUCCAGCCUUUCGAAGUAUAAGUUCGGCUUAUUGCGCUUUAAUUGAACGAUGGCAUUAUCGAAUGCUGAAUGAUUCGUACAGAAAUGCAGCCUAUAAAGAAGCUAUAUUUAAAAAAAUCGAUCAAGGAUUCAAUAGAGUCCUGGAUAUCGGAACGGGAACCGGAUUAUUUUGUUUAUACUCUCUCGAAGCUUCCGCCGAAAAAGUUUACGCUUGCGAAUGUAAUCCAGUCAUGGUUUCGAUAGCUUCGAAUGUAUUUAGUCAAAAUGAUGUUUUGCAAGUGGUAACCUUAAUUGAUAAACACUCGAACGAUAUUACCAUUCCAGAUGAUAUGCCUAAUAAGAUCUCAUUAGUGGUAACUGAAACAAUGGACGCGUGUAUGUUGGGUGAACACAUGCUUCAAUCGUUGAAAUACGCAUGGGAUAAUAUCCUGUUACCUAGUUACAAAUUCGAAUCUAAUAAACCGAUAAUGAACACCUCUAAUAACGGAAUAGUAAUACCACACAGCGGUAGUUUGUGGUUUUCGGCCGUCCAAUCGAAUUUAUUAGCUAAAAAGUACAUCUUCCCAUUAACCAGUAUUUCGGCCGAUGACUGUACUAACGCUUUCGCCAACGUAUCUCUGAAAGAAAGUUUAAUACCGGAAAAUUUUCAAACGCUGUCGCUAAAUCUUUCGUUGUUUGCAUCCCUCAACGAACCCUAUGAUACGGAGCGUCUACAAUCCGUUCCAGACUGCGUGUUUAUCACGGAACCGCACGAAUUAUUUCACGUUAAUUUCAACGAUCCCGCCUAUAUCGAGAAAUUCCUGCACAACGAGAACCGUUACACGUUCGAAGUUACUUGCACUCGUAAUGGGUUUUUCCACGCUAUAGCUGCCUGGUUUAAAGUUCAGCUAGAUGAAAGUAUCGUGCUGUCUUCGGCACCCGAUGACCUGAACUCGAAAAAUUGCUGUUGGGAUCAGGCGAUAUUUCCUACUUUUAAACCGCACCGCGUCGUGCCUGGCUCCAAGAUAACGCUGCAGACUGGCUGGACAGAUGGCAAGGUUACUUUCGAUGUGAACAACAUAAUUUAUCCGGAUGGUUCGAUUCUACAUGAAAAUGCGUUACCAUUUCCAGCACCUUCGAAUAUCAUAUCGAUGCUGAACGAUACUAGUCUAUUAGAACAUUUGAAGUUGGCAGCUUUAGCUUUCAUCAGUGAAUACAAAAAUAGGAAAGUUCUUAGGAUAAUGGAUUUAUACCCGGUGCCUAUAUUUGGAUUAAUCGUUUUACGUAACAAGCACUUGUUGCGGUCCAAUUUUCGAGACGUCGAAGUCGUCUGUUGCGUAUCGUCCAAAGAAGAAAUAACUGUGAUUAAAAAAAUUGCUCAAAUUAAUGGUUUACCCGAUGAAAAAAUAACCUACAUUUUGGCUGACGAAUUCGACGACACUGUGGCUAACCUGCAGUCAUUCUCAUUCGACGUAGUUUUAGUCAAUUUCAUCGAGAAUACCGGUGAUCUAAACGAAGAAAUGAUUGCCCGAGUGAAUACAUUGAAGCUAUUGUUACGCGAAGGCGGGUAUUUUCUCCCUAAAACCGUACAAAUUUGCGGUCAACUGAUUCAUUCUGAUUAUAUCGAAGAAAGUAUGCGUGUAGUAAAUGACGACGUACGUCGUUACCGUAUUAGCGACAUCAUUAACGAGUACCAGGUGUUACAAAUGCUCGAACUAAAUAUAGCUACGUUGAAAUUUGAAAAGUACUCGAACCCGUUCAUAUGUCACGAAUUUUUUUCACCUCAAGAGUUGGACUGUCAGUUCGAGAAACAAAUUUAUACGCCGACUAUUCGACAAGGAACCAUCAAUUCCAUAUUAUAUUGGUACAACGUUAACUUUUUCAGCGAUCAGUUUAUUUACGAGUAUUCUUCGUUGCACGAGUUUUCCUACGUUCAUCAAGCAGCGUGUUUAACUAAAUCCCCUAUUGCGAUUUGUGAUAAUUCUAACGGCUUUGUAAGUAGAAUUCAUUAUCAUCACGGAGCUAUACUAAUUGCAGAUUUAAAUACGUUACCAUUUAUAAAUACGUCUCCUCAAAAGUGAAAUAUUAACUUGAGAGAUUACAUUUUUACUUACUUUUUUUUUGUAGUGCUGUGAUAUGAUUUUGUAUAUUUAUAUAUGGAUUUUUUAUUUUCGUGCAAGUUACAACCUAGUAAAAAAUAGAAUUUCCAGAAAUAAAACUUUUUACUUUUUAUUGUAUUGAAAAUUUUACUUAAUAAUAGAAACACGUAACAAGAAAAUCAUUCGGAAUACUUAUCACAUUGCCAAGUUAUGACAAAAAAUAAUCGUUCAAAUACAUUCAACAACGACAAUUUACAUAUAUUUUAAACUUAGAUUUUUUACUUAAUGAAACCUUUUUGAAUCAUUAAUGUACUCGCUAAGAAUAAUUAAGUAUAACGUUCAAUGUGUUCUUUUUUUAAAAUAAUUUAAACAUUUAUUUUUUAAACAAAUAAAAAGUUCAUUACUGUUUGAUAA